UCCCAUUAAUAAAGCCAUGAAUCGCAAGACACUCGUAGGGAUUGUAUUGGUGUCGCUCACCAUUUAUUCGUGUUGUUCAGCGCUCAAGAUAUCGCUGUAUUACGAGACCCUCUGUCCCGACAGCCAGAGGUUUGUGAAGCAACAGUUACAUCAGGCGUACCAACUGUUUGGCGAUCAGAUCAGUGUCCAGCUCAUCCCCUUUGGCAAUGUCGACGAGUAUAAGGACACAAAUGGUGUACUUAAGUACCACUGCCAGCACGGCAUUCAAGAGUGCCGGGUGGUGGCGCCCAAGCAUUUGAGCCCAAACACCCAGUACCACGUCAGCGUAUCGGUGUACCGGGUAAGUCGUCCUUUACAAGUAGAUGUGAGAGUCAUGGGAAGUACAGAUAACAGCGCCAGUGGGUCAGUGCACUUCGACAAAUCCGAUACCAAAACUGUUAGCUUAGAGAUCGGCGACUGGUCUGAUGGGAACUACACACUAGCCGUGGACAUUGGUAGCGGGAUAACUGUACCAUUCAAACCACUAUUUGGGUUAACUCGCGCAUCUACACUCGACAGACACCGGGAACUAUUGGUUCAGUUCAGAGUCAUUGUGGUCGACCAAUCACUGGUACCCAAAGUCAACACAUUGGUUGACAUAUACAUCAAAGACGAAAACAGAAAUCGUAUCAAACAAUGGACUCAAGUGUUGGUCACGAAUGUGAUAGGAGGAGGAGAUAUUGUGCUGACACACAGUCUCGACAUUCCGGGGAACAGUAAUUCAUAUGAGUUCUCUGUGAUGGCUGUCCACAGAAUGGCACCGAAAGCAAGGAUUUUAUGUUAUUAUGUGAGAGAAGACAACGAGGAAGUGGUGGCCGACGCCAUGGACUUCGAAGUGGACGGACUGUUCAGAACUGACGUGUCGAUCGACACCGACCUUAAGGAGGCAGAGCCGGGAGCACAGGUAGCCGUGAGAGUGAAUACAAAGCCGGACGCGUGGGUGGGUAUAGUAGGUGUCGAUCAGAGCGUACUUUUGCUGAAAUCUGGUAAUGAUAUGACACACAAAGACGUGAUCCAAAAGUUACAGACAUACGAUACGACUGGUAUUAACACCUUUUGGUCGUACAACUCGUCCACCGCUGAACAAGUGUUUGACAACUCCGGGGUUGUGGUCGUGUCCAACGGUUUCAUUUAUGAAAAUGAAGUGUACAGCGUAGGCCCUGGUGAGAGCUCUCAAUCCGUGAGAAGUAAGUCAAUAGUUUGGCGAUCAUUGCACCACAAUGUGGAGGAAGUGCGCCAAAGAUCAGUAUCACAGUCAGCGCCGUUGGAUCGCCAGUCCCAAAGUAAACCCACCCAAACCAAUGUCGGCAUUAGUGUUAAAACUAGAAAACAUUUUCCCGAAACUUGGCUAUGGACCUCAAUGCAAACAGGGAGUAAUGGUUGCGCUGUUAUCAAGAGCACAAUCCCCGACACAAUCACCUCGUGGUUCAUCAGCGCAUUCGCUAUGCAUAUGGAGGCUGGUCUGGGCAUCGCACCCACACCUACGAAGGUCACAGUUUUCCGACCGUUUUUCAUCAAACUAUCGCUGCCUUACUCUAUAAUUAGAGGCGAAACGGUAGCCAUUGAGGCCAUUGUCUUCAAUUACACCACAAAACCAAUUCAAUCGGAAGUAGUAUUUGAUAACAAGAAGCAAGAGUUUGAGUUUAGCCACCGAUUGCACACAAAAGGCGUAAAUGUCUCUGAAAUGAGACAAUUGGUGUCAAUCCCUGCCAACGAUGGCGUUUUGGUCACAUUCACGAUAACACCGAAAACUAUGGGUUAUAUUGACAUCAAACUGACGGCUACCUCAGCCAUGGCUGGAGACUCUGUGCUCAAGAAACUACUGGUGAAACCCGAGGGUCAGACACAACACUUUAAUCAAUCAGUUCUCGUGGAUCUGAAAGAAUCGGCGAAUAUAUUGACGAAAAAU